AUGUCUCUUGUCAGCUACCUAGAUCAGUUUCCUAUGGAGAAUUUGUCCUUGUCGCUACAAAACAUUCCAUAUUCUAUCAUUAUCAUCGGAUUGGUUGAAUUUAUCUUCUUUCGGUUCAGUAUCAACUGGGCUGAAAGAGCGUACAAGUACUUCUCCAGAUCAUUUUCUUCCAUCCAAUACCAAACAGCUGCAUUUUUAGAAAAUUUUGGGAAGCAACAAAAUUUCGACAUAUUGAAAAGGAAAGCUUGCACAAGUGAAACAGAGGAUGCCACAAGUCUGUGCACAGAGGAUAUAGAGAUGGUGCUGGGAAGGCUUGGGAUUUUUCGCGAUACUUGUGAGGAUAAAAUGUUUCAGGAGAGGUUUGGUUUGGAUUAUUUUUGUAGCUUGUUUGAAGAGAAUGAGCCUAGCUUGGAUGAGGUUAAGACAGCUUUUGAUGUGUAUGAUUUAAACAGAGAUGGGUAUAUUGAUGCAUUGGAGUUACAAAGAGUUCUCUGUGCUCUGGGUUUAAAUGAGGAAUCAGGAACUGAGGAGUGCAAGCAGAUGAUGAAUGUGUUUGAUGAGAAUAGAGAUGGGAAGAUAGAUUUCAGAGAAUUUGUAAAGUUGAUGGAGAACAGCUUCUGCUGA